CCGGCCGCCAAGAGAGGUAAGAGAAAAUGGCGGCAGGCUUGCGGAUUUAAUGUCGAUUUGUGUUUUGAUGCCAGUGAAUACCCCAGAUAUCUCAAGUGGCAUUCCUUGAAACGGCAAAUUUCACGACAAUCAUUCACGCGUCAGGUACGUAAUGACGAAUUUUCUGGUUUAGUCGAACCUUGAUAUGAGAUAUAUGCGCCAGACGCUUCUCCGCUGAUCCCCACAUGUUCUGUUUACCUGCUUUUUCUUCCGAAGCUUCGAUCGGCUCCGCGAGGUCGCCACUGUGCCCGUAAGCUUACAAUCGGUCAACUGUCCUAAAAGCUCGUUUCGGAAUGUCACUCGACGGCUGACCGAAUCGCGCGCAGUUUAGUCAGUUAUCAACAGGGCGCUAGUCAAAUAUGAGAGGAGCAAGUUUCUGUCCUCAAAUUGAGAAGAGAUUUUCUUCGCCCAAGACAGUUUUACAAAUCAUACCUCUUUCCUCACUUUUUUACAGGGAUAAAGCGCUUCCGUGCGAUUAUUCAAUUAGCUACUUAUGAUUAUUGUAAUUGUAAUUGUGAUGAUGAUUCUUUAUAUGACACGCUAUCGUAUCACUAGCUUUACCUGUAUUCUGUAAAAUUAGUAAUUUAGGUGAAUAAAUGAAAGGGGCUGAACACGUAAUUCUGCUGACUUGAAUGAAUAUAACGGCAUGUCCGACAUGUGUUGGUUCAUGUAUGAAACAUUGGAAUCAUAAUGUGGGCAUAAUCCCAAACCUACGCGUCAUGUGUAAAUAAAUUUCUGCCAGAGCUUUUUUGUCUUUUGUUUCUGUAUCCAUCCCUUUCGUUUAUAAAGGAUUCUGAAUUCCAUGUGUACUGAGUUCAUCUUUAUGCGACAAUGGAUACAUCAGAGGACAUUGGAUCUCAGUUGAUGAAACCGGUUAAAGACCUUGCAGAGUGGACAUUUCCCUUGGCAGAGGUACUGGAGAAAUACUGUGAUAAUCUCAACAACUCGUGUGCUAUUAACUUUGGUGAAGCGGCACUAGUUCUUCAAAACUCUUCUAAUGUUUACAUUAGACGCGUGGAGUACCUGUUCAACGAUGCAGUUUGCUUGCAAAAAUCGUUUCUUGAAACGGAAGCUUUGUCACAGAAUGAUUCAAAAAAGGAUAAAAAGCAUCAUUCAAGGAGAUCGGUUAUCAAUUUCAACGACUUUGAGCCAAUUGCACUAGAAGAUGAUAUAGGGAAAAAUAUACAUUUAAAAAACCACCAUAAGGAAGGACAGUCAACUAAAUUGCUAAGUCGACGCUUUACUCAGCUCGAAAAUAACAUACCUCAAGUAUUGUCUUCUAUUCAGUUUCUUAAUAUACACGGAGAAGUGAUAGGGAAAAAAUAUGACUUUCGCUGUAAUCAACAUUUCACAACCUCUGCAAUGCUGGUUGAUGAAUUUACACCAGAUGAUCCUGAGGAGACUUUUACGAGUGAAAUAAUAAAUACUGAAUUACCUAACACUCCAUUAGAUCCAUUUAUGGAACAUCCUGACACGUUUGGAUAUUAUUCAGAUUGUUCAAGUAAUCCAUGUAAUAAUCUAAAUGAUUCGAACCAUACAGAUCUCUACGACAAGGAUUUGAAUAUGAAUACUAGCAAUGUUACUUCACAAACGCUUGAUUCAGGAUAUAUGUCGAUAAAUACCUGCGCAGAAUCAAUUCAGGACAAUUGCUCAGAUUGCGAUAACCGAGAUGAUUUUAUGAAUCUAGCUGAUAACGAUGCACACAGUAAUGUGGAUAUUUCUUGUGAUAUAAAUGAUUUAGAUACGACAGAAAUUUCGGUUAAUAAAUCCAAUGCUUCACAAACAGAAACCGAGGAUUAUGAUUUGAACAAUCAAAGAAUUGAGAAUCAGUCUAAAGAAAAAGAAAAUAAUUCAAGCUGUGGUUCCAGCAACAAUGAACAUUCCGAUGAAUCACACGAGUUGCAAAAUGAUAAUAAUCCGACAGAUGUUAGAAAUGACAACUUGACCACAACAGCUGAUUCUAACAUUACCGUUGAAAGUAAUGAAACUGUUACACAAAAUAACGAAGAAAAUGACUCAAAUUUAAUGGACAUAGAUGCAGGAUAUACAUCUGCUGAUUCUGAUACAGUGUUGACAAAAGAGAAUAGUAAAAGUAACAAAGAGGAGAAAAAAUCUAAUAACCAAAAGAACCCUUUGAAGAAACAGAUAAUACAGCCUAUAGCAUUUGAAAAUGGAGUUCCCGAGAAGUUACAAAGGCCCAGGGCUGAAUUUAAGUUACCGUGUCCCAUUUCAUUAUUAAAAUCCAGACCCGAAUUACGAAAACGGAAAUUGUCAUGCGAGCCAAAGAAACAAGAGUGUCUGACGAGGUUCCUUUUGAACGAAUCAGAGACACCAAGGAAAAAAAUGACUAUGUACUCCCCUACUCGACAAUUCUUUACACCGAUGAAAAAAGAGGAUGUUGAAGAAUUUGAGAAGACAUUUGACGAAUGUUUUAAAAACUCACGGUGCUCUGACAUUUAUUACUACGAAGCAGUGACGAGUAUUACAAUGGAUUUGCUAGGUUUCCAAUCCACAGUCGCUAAGCAAGAUCCUCACGUAAACUCUGAUGUCUAUUCCGAGGCUAUUUCCUGUGCAGAUCCAGUAUCGACAAUUGAGUCCGAGACCCAACUAUCUCCUUUUAAUAUGUUUACCCCUCCUAGUUCACCGAGUCCAUCCGAUACCUUUGGGGAAACAUCGGAGCUGCCUAUGACUUUACAAAAUUAUCAGUUUCAUAUUAGGAAUAAAGUGAGAGAUAUUUUCAAAGACAGGAAUGCUCAGUCUGAACUCGAACAAAAUGUCGCAGAUUGGCAUCAAAGUAUAAAACCAAUACUGAAAGAGGCAGAGCAGAGGUCUGUAUUUAAUAUCACGGAUUACAGCUCGCGUGUUAUUGACAGUUUGCAUGAAACGAGUGAUCACAGAAUUGCUUUUGAUGAUAUGAUUCAACAAGAGUCACCUGCCGAAGCAGCGAGAUAUUUCUUAGCAUCCUUACAACUGGCAAACACAGGAAGCAUUAACGUCAAUAACACGAGUGGAGCAUGUGGCAACGUAGUACUUGCGCUACGCAAGGAAGAAAGAAGUAGAAGAAACAUCAAUGUCUCAGAAAUAGUGAACCAUUCAAAUGAUUCUUUACCAUCAAGAGUCACCGAUAAUGUUCAAGCAUCUACAGAAGUAACAGUGCCGUUGAUGUUCAGUGGAGAAAGUUGUUCACCUCAAGUGGUUAAAAGCAAUUCGGUGCAUACCUUUACUAAGACAAAUGGUGCGCUGAAGAAUUCGAACUCACUACUUUCGUGAUGAAAAUGGCGUAGUGUUGAAUCGUUUACAUUUUGAAGGAGUCGUACGUGCACAUUUCUCCCAAGUGAUCUUUGUUGCUUUAAAAAGUAUGUGCUCUUAGGAAAAAUGUAUCACUUUGAAGCGUUCUUGACAACACUUCAAUAUGUACAUUUCACUUGAGCAGUGCAGUUCUAAAUGUUCUCUGAAACACGUGGAUGACAUCAAUUACUUGCGGAACAUGAUUUUCUACACUUGUAGAAGAAAAAUUA